AUGAAUGCCUUAGAGAAGGUCUCUGAGAAGCACCGCCGGGACGACCGGGCCACUUUGGAGCAGGCAGAUGAGCUGUGUGCGGAUUUUAUGGCCAAUGAGCAGAAGGUGCCAAGAGAUGUAAUCGGUCACCGCCUGCAAGCCUUCACAGGCUUUCAUCUCGGCCUUCAGCUCAUUCACAGCUACCUUGAUGCCGGCUGCUACGAGAAGGCCGCUGAGUGGACAGACCGGCUCCAACUUCGCGCCGAGAUCGGUAUGGAGGUGACACACCAGCUAGCCUCAGAGCCCCGCAUAGGCCUGACAGCCACGGAUCACUGUUUUAAUAACAUCAUCGGCACACGUAUUCCAAAAGGCGAGAAAGCGGAGGCCCUAGUGUGUAAACAGAAGGACUGGGCUCUGCGGACGGCAAGCGCCUCCACGCCUGGCAGUCAUGGCGGCAGCCAUUCUCAUGGUGCCGGAGGCUCCGGCAGAGGCAGCGGUGGCGGAUCGCGCGGCAGCAACCAAAGGGGUGGCGGCCAGCAUGGAGGUCAUGAGUACGGUGGAGGUCGCGAUGCAGAGCGCUUUGAUCGCAGCGAUCGCAAUGGCAAUAGCCACAAGGAAGGCUGUAGCAGCAAGUAGUGGCUUUCAGAUUCUGGUGCAGUAGAGUGGGGCCAGUUUGCCUGUCCUUUUUUCUUGGCCCGUGUGCCACCCUCUUCAAUGACUACCGCCGGUCAGUGCAGUGUGCACAGGAUUUUUUCCUUUCUUGGUUACGAUGAGGUUGCCAGCGAACAUCGACUUGGGCACCCACGCGUGCGAAUUGAGGCGCCCGUGUGCGCGAUAGUCGGCACCCACGUGCGCAGUUGUUGGCGCCCGUGUGCGCAGUUUUUUGGCGCCCGCGUGCACAGUUGUUGGCGCCUGUGUGCGCAGUUUUUUGGCGCCCGCAUGUGCAGUCAUUGGCACCCGCGAGCGCAGCUGUAAGCUUCGUUGACGACUUUCUUUUACUUGUGGUGUUUUGCCUUCCCGCUUUGUUCCUUUUAUUGCUUUCGUUUUUUGCGGUUGUGAACAGACCGUCGCACGGGUUCACUUUGUGGCAGCGUUUGCAGUUUCUUCCUUUUCGGAUGUUUCGCGUCAGGCCAAGUGGUCACUCAAGUCGCCUUGGCAGCCGGCCGGCUGGGGGGACCCGUUUUUUGCCUGUCUUACUCUUUAAGUGUUGC